CAACUCAGGACUACCAUUUAAAAACUUAAGGGUGCGGCGUAUUUCAUUGUCCUGCGAUUACUGCUCUGUCCACUUACGUCUUGCUGGUUACAACCGGUCCUUACUGGAUUUCAGCGACCCACUUUAUCAGGGUGGCUGCAUAGUACUCUUGGUGAAUGGCGAAAGGUCGUCUUUCUGGCUCUGACUCGUCGGACAGUGAUGACGAAGUGAAGUGGCUACAAUCACGUCACAAGCACAGGAAGACCUCGGUUCCAAGCGAUGAGACAACACGUGAUUCAAAGUCAGGUGGAAUUGAGGAGGGUGAAGUAUCUAGUGAUGACCUCGAUGAAGACGAAGAUGAUGGCCUGGAUGACAACUUAAUCGGUGGGGAAGAUGAUAAGCGUCGGUUGGCGAAAAUGAGUGAAAAAGAAAGAGAAGAAGAGCUAUUCAAGAGAGCUGAGAGAAGAGAUGCCAUACGAGCCCGCAAGGCUGUAAAACAAAAGCUAAAAGAAAGACGAGAAAGAGAAAAAGCUCAACAGGUAGCCUCUUUAUCCAAGCAGCUUACCGGGGAUUCAAAAUCUAAAAGAUCUGCUUAUCACAACGUAUUUUCAGACAGCGAUGAGGCAGAAAAUAGUGAUUCAAGUGGUCUUGGACCAAAAGGCCUUAGACAACGUAAGCUUGCCCUGGAGAAAAAGAAGGUGGCUCACAGGGAUAAAUUUCAGGAACUCAUCGAGCGUCGCAAACAACAGGCUGCUAAAAAGCGUCGAACUCAUACAUCAGACGAAGUGGAUAUAUCCGCCCAAAAUAGUUCUGGGAGUUCAUCAGAUAGUGAUGAUAAUAGUCCAAAGCCACGUGGCAAAAUUCAGGAGAAACAUCAGUCCAUGUCUCAGCGUGUUUUUUCCUCAGAAGCAUCAGACUCUUCUGAUUCAAGUCGACCUGGUUCGCGUCCUGUAGCUCGACGUUCAAGUUUUUCCAGUUUGUCAGGUUCACAGCGAUCUGGUUCUUCAAGUGAAGAUGACGCUAGAGGCAGAAGUCGUUCACCUGAAGAGGAACUAGUCUCCUCUGUUGAGCAUCUAUCUCGUAUUCGGUUGUCACGUUUUAAAAUGGAAAAGUGGGUUCACAUGCCGUUUUUCGAUAACUUGAUAAAAGGAUGUUUUGUACGUAUCAAUAUAGGAUUACAUCAAGGUGUGCCGAUUUAUCGUUGUGCUGAAAUUGUGGAUGUCGUGGAAACUCCUAAAAUAUACGAUCUUGGUGACACUCGAACUAAUAAAGGAAUUGUAGUUCGUGUUGGAAAAGACCAAAGUACAUUUCGUUUGGCGUUCAUUUCAAACUCUGAUUUUCAGCAAGAUGAAUUCGACAGCUGGAUGCGGCGAAUACAUCUUGCGAACAUGAAACCUCCGACUUUGAAUUUUGUCCGAGAUAAAGCUGCUGAAAUUACUGAAGCAAUAAAUCGUCCUAUUCGAGAUGAACGGGUGGUUGAACAGAUCAUACAAUCCAAACGUCGUUUUCAGAAAGCUCCAACAAAUUUUGCUUUACGCAAAGCGGAAUUGAUCAAACAACGAGAGCAAGCAGAAACAGAUGGAGAUACAGAAUUAUUGAAACAUUUAGAUAGUGAAAUAGAAGAAAUCGAAUCUCAAGCUGAACGAAUUGAGAGACGUCGAACUUUAGGUUUUAAAUCAAUUACAUCUAUAAAUCAACGUAAUCGUGCACUUAGUGUACAACAAGCUGAAGAAGCUAUUCGUAAAGAAAGUGAAGAAGCAUUGAAUUCCAAGGAAGAAGAUCCAUUUACACGUGUUCAUUCUCAACCGGUAAUUGUCACAAAGAAAUAUUUGGAAAACUUACGUCAUAAAAGACUUGGAGUAGUAGCUCAAUCAAAUACUUCCUGUGAUUUGAAUCAAAGUUUUCCUCCACCACCAACUCCUGAUUCAGAGCUAAGCAUGUCAUCUAAACAUUCACUGUUGAAUACACCAAUGGGAAGUAAUAGUAUAAUAACUGAAGCACCUGACUCAGUAUGUUGGUCAUUGGGAGAUGAUAAUAGCAACUUAUCCACACCGCAUGAUUCUCUUCAUGCAAUACAUAAUUUUGAAAUAAAUAUUGAUUUGGAUUUGGAUGGGAAUAAUGAUCAGGCGAAUUCCAACGGACGCACAGGAUCAACUAAUACUGAUGUACGACAUUCAACUAGUCCUAGAUCACGUGGUACUACAAAUUCUACUCAUGAUUUUACCAAUGGCAGUCCCCAGACACCAAUGAACGGUCCAUUUGGAAAACCAAAUCGUCGAUUGUUAAAUUUACAAGAGUACAAGAAACGUCAUGGAUUAAUUUAAUUCCUAGUUGAUAUGCAAAUAUUGGUAUUUUCCUUAUUCAAACAUACUAUCAUUUAUUGCUAUUUUUUUCUAUAUGUGUAUGAUUAGUAGUCUUAUCACACCGGUCGUUUAACUUUAUAUUUGCAUGUGUAUGUAUGUGUUGUAUAUAGACGUCUGUAAGCCCUUCCUUUAUGCUUUACACCUUUUUUUGUGAAAUGUACAUAAGAGGAAAAAAUUAAUCGUAAUCAUCUCUUUAUCAGUUUGCCUCUUACAUGAAUAGAUUUUGUAAUAGCACUUGUAAUUCGUCAGAGGGGUUCAUGAUCUCUGUUCAUAGGUUCAAGGAGACGUGUAUAUUAUAUGUAUCGGAUGUUGUCUUACCUUACGGGAUAUGUAUCAACUAGUUGCGCUAGUUUAGAACCGAACACACUAUUCUUUACCAAUAGGUUGGAACAUGCUACGAAAUGUUUUACGUAUCCAUCAAUUCGUGAUAAUUGUUUUGCUGUGUGGUUGAAAUCGACAUAUGUUUUAUAUAGUACAACAGUCAUUCUGUUUUAAUCGGUAUGAUACUUUUUAACUAGUUCGGUGAUAUGGUGUCCGGAAUGUCAUAUUUUUAGGAUGAUUUUGCGCAUAAAUGUGAAAACCACAUUCCUAUAGAAUCAUAUGUAUUCUCAAAUCUCAGUCUCAAGUUUUAAGCUUACGGCGGCCUGUUCAGACGUCUUAAGCCCUCUAUUUCCUAACCGAGCGAAUAUUGUAAUAAACUUUUUUUGUUUAAACCGAAUAAUAAUAAGUCCUGACUGUAUAUACUAACGUGGAUUUUGAAAGGCUUACAAUUUAUCAAAAUACUAAAUACGGGAAAUCUGUUACUGAGACGUUGCACUUCCUCGUUUACUCUGAAAAAAUGUAUUUGGAUCCAUGCGAUUAUUAUCUGAUAUAUGAAUAAAAUAUAAGCUAGCUGUAAAAUUUCAUCAUUGAAGAUGAGUGGCAGAUAUGACUAUUGGAAAAACAUUUACUAAAUAUAAUUUUUAAAUAACUACAACUUGAAUGUACGUUAAGAAGCGGUUGCCCCCAAAUGCCGUAAUACGGUAGAGAGUGGAGAGAGUUCGCUCUCCCUCUCGAAAUGCCCUCACAUGGCCACGCGUAUGUAGCCUCUGCCAGGGAAGUCCUACUCACUGCCUUCUCGUGGCGGGGGUGUUGUUUACGAAAUUGAGAGGACGAAAAGCGAAUGUCCGGUGCUUUAACUGGGUUGGUGGAUAUGGAGAAUCCACCUAGAGUAGCUGGAAAACCCCGACUCCGAACCGAUGGUGUACAUGGGCUCCAGGAUCCUGAGUGGACAAAUGGCGUAUGAACCAAUUGUUUUCACCACCUACCAUGGAACUGCAUAUCCUUACGGUCUCCACUGCCUUGUGGAUCAGACCUUUUGGUCAAAGGCUCCUGGUGUGGCUCCCUAGGAAAAUCACCUGCUUUGGUCUGGGCACCCGGGCAGUAUCACAGCCCUCACAAAUCUAAUGAGAUGACAAUUAUUUCACGAAAUACUAUGCUCGCUUCAAUUAGAAUUCAGACAUUUCAUAUUCACACCAUUCCUCUUCAGCUUCGCCAUCGAUAACUUUCCGGAAACAGCUUUGAUGGAUGUAAGUAAUGAUGGUGUGGGUCUGUUGCCUACAGAAAGACUUCUCGACCUUGAGUAUGCGGAUAAUAUUGUCUUGCUGUGCGAUAAUACCCAAGCCGUGCAAUCAGCACUUAAUCAGUUGGCAAUUAGUGUCCGUAGGUAUGGUAUGUGCUUCGCACCUUCGCAUACUUUUACAAGGCUGGCAGGACCGUGAUCAUGUACUCACCCUGGAUGGUGAGCAGAUAGAAGUAGUCGAGAAGUUCGUGUAUCUAGGUAGCUGCACAAAAGCUGGCGGUGGCGUGAGUGAUGAGAUCAAUGCACGAAUAGUGAAAGCCAGAGCGGCUUAUGCCAAUCUGGGCCAUCUUUGGCGCCUUCAUGAUGCUAGUCUGGCUGUAAAAGGUCGGAUCUAUAAUGCGUCAGUGAGAGCAGUUUUGCCCUAUGCUUGUGAAACCUGAACACUCCGAGUUGAGGAUGUUAGACAACUUACUGUGUUCGAUCAUCGCUGUCUCCGAAGGAUUGCUGACAUCCAGUGGCAAUACCAUGUUAGUAAUGUAGAUGUUUGGCAUCAUGUAUUCAAAACCGAGAUGAUAAUUCAAUUGGUGUCACUAUCUUGAAACAUUGACUUUGGUGGCUUGGACAUGUUCUACGAAUAUCGUCCCAGAGAAUUCCACGUCGUGCAUUAUUUGCCGAUUCUGGGACUGGUUGGGAAAUGUGGAGAGCUGGUCAGUGUAUGACAUGCCGUCGUGGUAUGAAAGAAAUCUGCAAAGGGUUGGCUUUUGUUGGUCCUUCAUGAAUCCCUAGCUGGGGUCCGAGAGAUGGUGCGACACAGUGGCUAGAGACGUUAUCAGAUAUGGCUCAGAAUAGAAGCCAGUGGCGAUCCUGUUGUAACCUUCUUUUACUUUCUUCAUAAAAUGUGACCGUAACUUCUUUAGCUGGAAGAGUUUUUUCUGGUUUUACCUUUACGUUUCCCCCGUUAUUAUUAUUAUUUCACUAUCAUACACUAAUUUGUGGUCUUUAUUAUCCUUUUUUUCUUUUUAUACACACUUUAAAUUCUUUAUAUCUUCACAUUCUCAUUAUUAUUGUGUGGCGUAUAUGUAUCUGGUGCCCCCUUGUACCAAUAUUUAUGUGUUUGAAUAAAUAAAUAAAAAGAGGUUCAUUGUAAUAUGGCACAAUGAAUGUUGAGAAUUUUUUGCUGUAACAAAAUUUAUAGUAAUGAAUAAAGCUUAUAAUAAUAA